AUGAGUAGACGUCAAUUUGGCGUGGCAAAUACAACAAUUUUAGCAAUUGAUCCUGACUAUGAAAUAGUCAAAUCUUCAAAUAUGAUAAACUAUAUCAAAGGAGAUUUAUUCUCUCACAGAGUCCUGAAGGCAGGAAUAGUCUCAAUUCUAGCUCAUGCUUGUAAUUGCCGUGGCUCCUGGGGUGCCGGAGUAGCAGCAAUUUUUCAGCGUAAGUUCCCUUCCACAUAUGAGAAGCAUUACAAGUACUGCAAGGAACAUUCAUCAAACCCUGCGGGAUUGUUAGGGACGACCCAGUUAAUUCCCUCCAGUCCUAGUGAUGCAGGUAACAAAAAUGGGGAAAAUAAUGUCUACGUCGCUUGUCUUUUUACAAGUGAUUUUGCUGGAGCAAAGAAACUCGGGCCUCAGGAUAUAGUGAGACACACAGAUGCAGCUAUGAGAGAUUUAAUUCACCAAAUAUCUGCAUUUGAAGCUAACAAUGUGGAAUUUGAGCGUAAUGACGCUGGGCAAAUUAUUGUUAACAUGCCAAAAAUUAAUGCUGGCUUAUUUGCUGUGCCCUGGUCAGAAUCCGAAAAGGUACUAUUAAAGUACGACACAUUGCAAAUAAAUAUAUACGUCAUCGAUUAG